AGCAAAAUGCUAUUGGUUUGAAUGGUUAAAACUAAGCAAAGGCCAGUAGUCAACAUGACAUCCCUACCUUCACAUGUAACGCAGCGGGCGAUGCCAAUCUCACGGCGGCACCACCCCAAUAAUGUUGAACGAGAGUAAAACUCUCUUGAUUUUACUUCGCAUGGUUCUUCUCUCCAAUGCCCUCUCUCUCUUCGCCGAAGCCCUCCACUUUCUCGAAAUUUCACUCAUUUCCCAGAAAGCAGCUCUCCACAAGGCCUCCCUGCAUAGUGAAAUCCUUUCUUAACUUGACCUCUCAAAGCCAACUCGCGCAAGCAAUCUCCUCACUUGAGCCGUUGUCACGCAAAGGCAUACGCUUGCCAUGUCAGACUUUGGGUUACCUAAUCCUACAGUGCGCGAAAACCAAGUCGCUUAAGUUGGGCAAGAAGAUCCAUCUCCAUUUGAAGUUAACAGGAUUUAAAAGACCUAAUGCGUUUUUGGCUAAUAAUCUGAUCCAUAUGUAUAUGACAUGCGCAGAUUAUGUAGGCGCUUACAAGGUGUUUGAUGAAAUGCCUAUGAAGAAUGUGUACUCCUGGAAUAAUAUGCUUUCUGGGUAUGCUAAACUGGGCAAAGUAAAGCCGGCUAGGAAGUUGUUUGAUAAAAUGCCCGAGAAAGAUGUUGUGUCCUGGAAUACGAUGGUUAUUGCCUAUGCGCAGAGUGGAUUAUACAAUGAGGCUCUGAGGCUUUACAGGGAGUUGAGGAAUUUGGGGAUAGGGUACAAUGAGUACAGUUUUGCAGGUCUGUUGAACGUUUGUGUCAAAUGCAAGGAAGUGGAUCUUACUAGGCAGGCUCAUGGGCAAGUUUUGGUUGCUGGAUUUUUGUCUAAUUUGGUGAUUUCCAGUUCAGUUGUUGAUUCCUAUGCAAAAUGCAGUAAGAUGAGUGAUGCAAGGUUGCUGUUUGACGAGAUGAAUGUGAGGGAUAUUCUUUCUUGGACAACAAUGGUCUCAGGGUAUGCCCAGUUGGGUGAUAUGGAGGCAGCUAAUGAAAUAUUUGAUUUGAUGCCCAAAAAAAAUCCUGUUUCAUGGACAGCUUUGAUUGCUGGGUAUGCUAGGCAUGGUUUAGGUCAUAAGGCACUUGAGUUGUUUACAAAGAUGUUGAUGCUUCGUAUUAGCCCUGAUCAAUUUACUUUUAGUAGUUGUCUUUGUGCUUGUGCUAGUAUAGCCUCACUUAAUCAUGGCAAACAAAUACAUGGUUAUUUUACACGCACCCAUUUCAGACCUAAUACGAUUGUGGUGAGCUCUCUUAUUGACAUGUAUUCAAAGUGUGGAAGUAUCGAAAUGGCGAGUUUAGUUUUUGACCUUAUGGGCAAUAAACGGGAUGUUGUCUUGUGGAAUACUAUCAUUUCUGCCUUGGCACAGCACGGUCAUGGUGAAGAGGCUAUUCAGAUGUUUGAUGACAUGGUUAGAUUAGGUAUGAAGCCUGAUGAGAUAACAUUGGUGGUCAUUCUCAAUGCAUGUAGUCAUUCAGGUCUUGUGAUGGAAGGGCUUAGGUUAUUUGAGUCGAUGACUUGUUGUCAUGGUGUUGUUCCCAAUCAGGAACAUUAUGCAUGCUUGAUUGAUCUUCUAGGUCGUGCAGGACAUUUUGAUAGGUUGCUGGGUCAGCUUGAGAAAAUGCCAUGUAAACCAAAUGAUCAGAUCUGGAAUGCCCUGGUCGGUGUUUGCAGAAUCCAUGGAAAUGUAGAACUGGGAAGAAAAGUAGCUGAAAAACUUAUUGAACUGAAGCCUCAAUCCUCUGCAGCCUAUGUAUUACUAUCAAGUAUAUAUGCUGCACUUGGGAGGUGGGAAUCAGUUGAGAAGGUGAGACAGCUUAUGAAUGAGAGACAAGUAAAAAAGGAGCGAGCUGUUAGUUGGAUAGAUAUUGAAAACAAGGUCCACUCUUUCACUGUAUCUGAUCAGUUGCACCCUUUGAAAGAAGCAAUAUAUUCAGUUUUGGUACAAUUAGCUGACCACAUGGAAGAAGAAGUUGCAUCAAUUAAUAAUGAGUGAUAAAAAAUUUUUAUCCGUUCUUUCCAGGCGUGCUGAGGGAUAUGCACAAGAUUUAAAUCCUUGUUUGGUUUUGCUUAACUUGUAACAUUUGCCUUUACUUGAAUGGGCAGGUCUUCCAGUGCCAAAUAUUGUAGUUCAUCUUUGCAUUUUCUAGACUCGAAUCUCCAGUUCACAAUGUUAUACUUGCAAGAUCAUUCCAAAAAUGUAGACAAACAAUCAUUAGGAAGAUAUUCUUCUUCCUCCAUUGUAAUUGUUUUGGAUUACUUUUUGCCAAUAAAUUGAGAAGUUCAAUGUCCAA